CCUUUUUGCGGCAAGAGAUUAAUAAUUUUUAGUCACGAGAGCGGGUUGAAUCUUCGCGUAAUAAAAUGUGGUCCCUCGCUGCGACCAAUCGAGUUGUCUCUCACAUUGAUUUUCGGGCGGUGGAAAGAGGAACCUGAUCGAUCGAGAAAAGAUGCGGAAACCGGAGCCAAAUUCAUGUACGGAGCAUACUUCACGCGAGACCAUCGCCGUGUCAGCUGAUCGCUGUUUAUCUCGAAGGAAACGAGAGUCGGUCGGCUGUUUGCGAACUGCUCGCGAGGAACCGAGAGAUAAUAUCCACAGAUUAUCCAAGAUAAUAAUAUCGAAUUAUAAUAUCGAGAUUAGGACGAGGGCAGGAUAGGUUACGGACGGUGUGAGAGAGCCAAGAUUCGAAGCGGCCGCCGGCACGUUUUAACGUGGCCAGCGUGACCUUCCGACGUCGCCGUUGAAUCGUGCCGCGUCUCGAUUAAUCUCGGCAAAUUCCCCUCUAGUUGUCUCUAGUAUGCGGUAGCAUCUGCCGGUUGUCCUAGCCUUGUUGUUGACAGGCUGAAUUCGACGUCGACGUUUGACAGUCGCGGAAGGCGACUUCCCUGAGGGAAAUUGCCGCUUAUCUAAAGAUGUUCCUCAAGAUACUGUCGCUCAAGUCGAUUUAUCGAAACGCGCUACGCCGAUGACACGUCUACACGUGUACGCAACAUGUCUGCGCGGUGCGAUUAGCGUUAGUUCCCCUCGCUGUCCCGGAGGACUCGGAUGAUCGCUGCUGGCUGCUGCCUCUGGCGAGGAAUAUUUUGGAAUUUAUAUUUAAGACAGAAGGGGCAAUUGUUAAACUUGUGCAAUGUCAGUUGUCAGGUUGAAGGCUGUUAUCUUAAUCGGAGGGCCUUUAAAGGGGACCAGAUUCAGACCUCUAUCCCUGGACAUUCCAAAGCCGCUGUUUCCAGUGGCCGGAUUACCCAUGAUACAGCAUCACAUUGAAGCCUGUAAAAAAGUGCGGGAUCUCUGCGAAGUGCUGAUAAUUGGGGCGUAUCCCGAGAAAGAUCUGGCUCAGUUUGUACAGGAGAUGUCGCGUACCUAUCACCUAGACAUACGGUACCUACAGGAGUUCACGCCUCUCGGGACAGCGGGUGGCAUGUACCACUUCCGCGAUCAGAUUCGUUCGGCGGUACACGGCGGCACGACGACGUAUUUCUUCGUUAUGAACGGAGACGUCUGCGCCGACUUCCCACUGCAAGAGAUGGUGGAGUUUCACGUAAGUAAGAAGGCACUGCUCACGAUCAUGGCGACGGAGGCGACCCGGCAGCAAUCGCUCAACUACGGAUGUAUGGUCCUGGGGAAGGAGGGCGAGGUGGCGCAUUACGUGGAGAAGCCUUCGACGUUCGUGUCGACUCUCAUCAACUGCGGAAUAUAUCUCGCGUCGGUAGACGUCUUUCAAACCAUGGCGGAUGUCUUCUACGCGAACCAGCAGCAAGAUAAUAUAAUGCAGUUGUGCUGCAACGGUAGAGAUCCGGCGCACAUUUCGUUCGAGCAGGACAUACUGACGCGCCUAGCGGGAUCCGGCCGGCUGUUCGCUUUGCCCGUGCUCAGAUGGUGGUCGCAGGUGAAGACCGCGGGCUCCGCGAUAUACGCCAAUCGACACUACCUGGCCCUCUACAAGCAGAAGCAGCCGGAGCGCCUUGCCUCCACGAGCAAGAAUUCCUGCCACAUUAUAGGAGACGUGUACAUUCACGAGUCGGCCUCUGUACAUCCGACUUCUGUGCUAGGUCCGAACGUGAGUAUAGGCCCGUACACGAUGAUCGGGCCUGGCGUGAGAAUCCGAGAGGCCAUCGUGUUGGAUAAGGCACACAUACAGGCCCAUUCCCUUGUUCUACACAGCAUCGUGGGGACGAGCACCAUCGUGGGCGAAUGGUCGCGCGUCGAGGGGACUCCGUGCGACCCCAAUCCCAACAAGCCAUUCGCAAAAAUGGAUAAUCUGCCGCUGUUUAAUAUCAAUGGCAAGCUGAAUCCUUCCAUCACGAUACUCGGUACCAGCGUGAGCCUGGCUGCGGAAAAAAUUAUACUAAACUCGAUCGUUCUACCGCAUAAGGAACUUACGAGAAACUACAAGAACGAAAUUAUUCUUUAACUGUUUAAUGUCCGCUACAAGACUUAAAACACUUUAAUUUAAAUAUUAAUGAGAGAGUCGCACAAAUGAUAAAACGCUAAGUAUACAUAAUUUAUAUACAUAAUAUACAUAAUUAUUGUGAGUAUAUACAUAAUUUUUGGAGGCUUCUUGUUGAGUUGUGAUUACAAAUCUUUAAUAAUUUUAUAAUAUAGAAUGUUAAUAUAAGAUUUUUAUAUACGAUUUUGUAUACAUGUGUGGCAACUAUAACUUAUGUACAUAGGGGCAGUGGCAACGCACAAAAUUUUUACAUAAUAUAUAGGCUUGUACAUAUCAUGUUAUAUAUAUAAAUAUAAAUAUACAUAUAUAUAAUUACAUAUUAUAUGUAUUUAUAUAUGUGUAUAUCGAAAAGAAUUAUUCCGUAUUUUCGCAAGUACAUUAAUAAAUGUUUAUCUGUGAA